AGCUUGAAUUGCAUUGUGAAUCGAUUUCGAUAUGGCGAAGAAGGCUAGCUCAUUUUUGCUCUCUUCUCUUCCUUCUUUUCUUCAUGCCAAACCUCCCUCUAGGAAAACUCCUACCACCUUAUACCCAAAGUUGCAACACUACUCUUCUUUAGAAAAAAUUUCCAACCAAGUUAUAGUUUGUGAUGUGGAGGGAGGGUUGUUGAGGUCUCAAUCCACAUUCCCCUACUUCAUGCUUGUGGCCUUGGAGGGAGGUGGGUUCUUAAGGGGACUUCUCCUCUUAGUUUUGUACCCUCUCCUUUGUUGCAUUAGCUAUGAGUUGAGGCUCAAAAUCAUGGUUUUGGUUAGCUUUUGUGGGAUCAAAAAGAAGGGGUUUAGAGUAGGGAGGAGUGUUUUGCCUAAGUUCUUUAUGGAGGAUGUGGGGUUAGAAGGGUUUGAGGCAUUGAACAAGGGUUCUAAGAAGGUUUGUGUUAGUAAAAUGCCAAGGGUGAUGGUGGAGGGGUUUUUGAAGGAUUAUUUGGAGGUGGAUGUGGUGAUAGGGAGGGAGUUGAAGGAGUUUAAUGGUUACUACACUGGGUUUAUGGAGGAGGAAGGUAAGGCUAUGGAAAGAUUGGAAUUGGAGUUGAUCAAAAUAGAGGAUAAAAAAGGUAGUGACAUAGUUGGUUUCUCAAGUUCCACCAAGUCUCUUAAUAUUCCUCUCUUCUCUCAUUGUAAGGAAAAAUACUUCAUGACUGAGAAGGACAAGAGGAUUUCGAACCCUCUACCAAGAGAAAAGUAUCCAAGACCAUUGGUUUUCCAUGACGGGAGAAUUGCAUUCAAGCCCACCCCAACAAACACAACAUUCAUGUUUAUGUGGCUCCCCUUCGGCCUCAUCCUUGCAAUCUUUAGGCUCAUCAUUGCCGUCUCACUACCUUAUAAGGCCUCCUCUCCAAUUUUAGCCCUAACCGGCACGAAAUGGAGGCUCAAGGGAGUACACCCAUCAAAUCUUUCACCAAAAAGUUCAAGUGAUCAUCAUGCAUCAAAACGCAAGGGUCAAUUGUAUGUUGGCAACCAUAGGACUCUCAUCGACGCCGUCUACGUUUCAUUUGCACUUAACAAGUCCGUUAGCGUAGUCGCCUAUGGCGUGAGUCGUAUCUCCGAGAUCAUAUCACCUGUAAAGACAGUUAAGGUGACGAGAAAUAGGGAAGUGGAUGGUAGCAUGAUGGUGAAGAAGUUAAGCCAAGGGGAGAGUGUUUUCAUUUGCCCCGAGGGAACUACUUGCAGAGAACCAUAUCUACUGAGAUUCAGCCCUCUAUUCACAGAACUGAGCGACGAGAUUGUACCAGUGGCUUUAAACAUUCAUGUCAGCAUGUUUUAUGCCACGACGGCCGGAGGAUCGAAGAGUCUCGACCCGCUGUACUUUUUGAUGAACCCUAGCACGUGUUAUGAGGUGGAGUUGCUUGAGAAGGUAGAUACAAGUGGUGUGAGAAAGGGGGAGUGUAGCAGCAUUGACAUGGCCAACCAUGUACAACGGCAGAUUGGUAAAGCAUUAGGGUUUGAGUGCACCACGCUUUCAAGGAAAGAUAAGUACAUGAUUCUUGCAGGGAAUGAUGGGAGUGCUGGACCUUCUAAAUAAAAAUAAGCAUAUAAAUAACAGUCGUGUUGUUUAUAAAGUCUAUACAAUUAAAGUGGUUUCCUUUAUUUUAGUUAAUAGGUUUAGUUAUUUUUAUUUAAUGUGUUUGCUUCUUUAUAGGGUUCUUUUCUCUUUUUAUUUUCUCUAUAGGCUAGGUUGUUUUGUUUUUCCUUCU